ACACCAAUGAUAGCUAAAGUGACCUUUGUUGUGGCGCUAUAUUUCUUCGCUUAUCAGGUUUUUGUGUUUCAAGACUCUGAUUAAGUGUUAGUUCGAAUAAGAUCAUAAAAGCAAAGCUGAUUAUCAGAGCAACUUCUAAUCAAUUUAACGCAUGUCGAAAAGUUAACACUUGCGGUAAAACCGUCAUUUGUAAACCGCUAACAGUAAUCUGAAUAUUAAUUAUUGGUAAAUAAUUGACUUGUAUAUUUGCAUCUUAAUAUUAGUUAAGUGGGGUCUUGGUCGUGUUGCUAAUAACUUAUCGUAGUGGCAUAAGUGUCUCUACCUAAUUCUUUGGUUUUUGAAUAUUAAUAUUCAAACUUACAAUAUUAAUAUUGUACGAACACCAAAAAUACAAUUGUAUUUUUGGUGUUCGUAUUUAGCCAAUUUUUGUAUUAUCUUAACUUACUUUACACCCGGUUAUCAUUCUUAUUGAUCGUCUGUAGCGGUUGGUAUUUUCAGUCACAUCUGGAAGUAUCAAUUCGAACGCUAUUAAGGAUUGAUUUAGUGUACAUAUUUAGCGUAAUGAGGUUAUUGUUAGAAAGGUUUUCUUAUAACUAAUGUACGAGGCGAGACUAUCAUUUAUGGACAAACCUAUCAGAAUUAUUAUAACAGGUCUUGAUUUUAGGCGCGAAACAAAAUCAUCUAUUUUACCAAAUACCGUUUUGGCAUUAUAAGUGAUAUCAGUUCGUGAUGAAAAAACUAAAUAUGAUUCUGACUAUUAACUAUAAAUAAUAACCCUAAUCUUUCAUACUGAUUCAUAACCCUGAUCUGGCCGUAGUUUUUUACGUGAACAUUCUCAAGGUCUUUUCAGCUUCGCUCAAAGAUCGUUCAUAAAUUAUAGUCCCACCGUUUACGAUUUAGUAAAUGCUGAACUUUACGAAAGUCCUGUGUUCUAAACUGCCGUAUUCGGUUUACUAAGUGUGAUGUGCAGUGUACUUUUUCUUUAAUGUUACGGCACUCUAUUAAAUAGUUUUCUUCAGGAAUCAAUUGUGUCGGACGGUUUCGGAACUUAAUCAAUUUUGAUGAAAUUCACACCUUUCUGUGAUGUCCGGUGGUGUGAAAUUAAGUAUUGUGUUAAGUUUGCUUCAAAGUUAAAUUUAAAUUGCUUUUCACCUUAGUCUUCUGAAUAGCGUUAUUUUAUAUUCACAUGCGGUAUUUUUAUUUCCAUUGUUUUCCUAUGGCUAUACUUUUCUUCUUUAGGUAUUUGUUCUCUAACGUCGUGGCUCAUAAUCUUCAAAUUAAACGUUGCAUUCAUGCCGUCGAUUGUGAACUGUCGUAUAACUAGCUCAUUUGUUAUUAUUGCGUCAACUUUAAGUUCUAUAACGCCUGGUUUAGCGUUCGGUUUUUCUUCAGCAUGCACUCUUCAAGUGUACUUUACGGUCUCGAAAUCUGCGAUUUUUGCCAGUUCAUUGAACAUUGGUGGUCUUUUAGGGGGUUUACUAUCAGCGCAUAUGUUGUCAACUGCUGGAAGACGUUUUACUCUUUUGGUAUCUUGUAUUCCUACUAUGUUAGGCUGGUUAUGGAUGUAUUUAUGUUCUGACGUAAUAUAUCAAAAUGCCUUCCCAACAGAUUUAUUUGUUUUUGGUCGUCUUUUAACUGGAUUUGGGGCGGGAUUAUGUAUUCCAUCUUCUGCCACAUAUAUGUUAGAAAUAUCUCCCACUAAAAUUCGUGGUAUAGUUGGUUCAUUACCUCAAGUUGGAAUAGUCACAGGGAUUUGUAUAUCUUUUUUCAUGGCGAUGUUUAUGCUUUGGGAACAAAUCGCCCUGGUAAAUUCCAUUUUCUCCAUUGUCAUACUAAUUCUCGUAUGGCUUCUCCCAGAAUCUCCAAAAUGGCUUCGAAAAGCUGGCCGUAUUCACGAAGCUAACAGUAUUAGCAUACGGUUGUUUGGAAUGGUCAGUGGACAUUCUACGGAUACGAUCGAUUUAAACGAAAGUACAACCAAUAAUGAAACAAAACAGCACUCAUUUUGGCAUUAUAUCUUUCCAUGUUCACUUGUUCCGUCAAGUCAACAACCUCAAUUACGAAUGGCUAUAGCCCUCAUGAUAUUUCAACAGUUAACUGGUGUAAAUGCUAUCCUCUUUUUUGCUGAAUCGGUUUGUCUCAUUGGAAAUGCAAAAUCACCUCCUGUUUGUGCCUUUUCUAUAGGCUUUUUUCAAAUGAUAUUCACUAUUUUAGCAGCUCUUAUUAUCAAUCACGUGCGUCGAAAAACGUUACUUCAGUUUAGUGCCUUCACCAUGGUUAUAGCUUUACUAGCCUAUAGCAUUACAAUUUCUACUUAUUCAUACAUUGCUGAACUUAGUCAAUUUUGGAUUAUUUUAUUUAUGUUUGGUUAUUCAUUUGGCUGGGGACCAUUACCAGUACUUGUUAGCAUGGAAUUAUUUCCAGUUAGUAGUCGUGGAAAUGCUGUCAGUGCUGCUAUCGCUAUCAAUUGGAUCUUUGCUUUUCUAAUAACAGAACUAUUUGAAAUAACUGGUAAUUCAAUUAAUCCUGCUAUGGUGUUUGUCAUAUUUUCUAUAUGUUGUUUAAUAUCUAUGGUUUAUGUGCAUAAAUAUUUGCCAGAAACUAGCGAUAAAACAACUGGAUCAACAUUAGAUGCUAUUUCAUCAUUAUCAUAUAAAUCACAAUUAAGUGCUUAAUAAGAAUGUAUUUUCUAUAAUUUCUGUUAUAUACACUAGAACCCAUAUUUUUUCACAUUAAUUUAAAUUUUUGUUUUGUUUUUGUAAGAUUCAAGUCUUCCUUGAUUUGUUUUUUUAUUUCUCUCGUAUAAUUUAUGUUCUCGUUUAUUUGUGUAUUAUGCCUUAUUCAGAAAGAUUAACAUUUCCUAUUCCAAUUGCACACACAUACACACACUACUCAUGCUUCAUUAUGUUGCAUAAGUUCACUUUCCUUCUUUUUUUUUGUAGGUCAUGACAAACUUAUUUUUAAAAAAAAAUAAUAAUGUCGAUAUUUGUUUUAUGUCUUUGUCCCUUUUUUUUCGUUUUUUUCUUCAUUUUGUUUGUUUUUGUUUUUUACAACAAAUAUUACGCAAUAUUUGUUUCGAUAUGGUUUUUCAAGUUGAUUUUGUUAUCUAAAUACCCAGGUAAAUGGUAGAAAGUUAUUAUUAUUACUAUUAUUAUUAUUAUUGUUUAUCAUUGUCGUUGUAGGUAUAUUUACUUAUGUUUUUUUUUGUUUUUAAAUGAUUGAUUUUUUUAUCAGUUAAUCGUUUUAUUAUUGAUAAUUGCUUCUUAGUUUAUUCUACAUCUUAUUAAUUUGUACAUGAAAUAUGAAUUAAGAGGUUAGGUCAAGUGAUACCAAUGGGAGAUUGGUUAUUUGUUCUCAUUUCAUGUUUAUCUAUUAAUGCUUUGAAAAUAAAAUUGUAAUAAAAAAAUUCUUUUC